AUUUAUAGCAAGCCAGUAACUCAUCAGUAGUUUCAGCUCGGAACAGUGUGUGAACUGUGUGUUUUUAGCUCCAUUGAUGGCGUUUUUGAGCUUCUCUUUCACUGUAUUCUGUGUUUUACAAAUUGUUUCUGCACAGCGAAAAACAGUUCCCACUGAAGUGGAUGCUGUCAACAAGAUAAUUGACCAUUGGAACCUAAGAAGUAAGCUGAAUUUAAGCGAUGAUCCGUGUAUUGAAAACGCGAUUUGGGCUCCUGAUUCGGCUAAUCCAAGAAUAGAUUGUGACUGUGUUGGGACAGUUUGCCACAUAACACAUCUGAAAAUAUAUGCUCUGGACAUCUCUGGUCAAAUUCCUCCAGAAUUGUUUUUGCUGACAGAGUUGAUGGACUUGAACUUGAAUCAGAAUAUGUUGAAUGGAUCCAUCCCACCAGAAAUUGGGCUGCUGUCAAAAAUGGAAUACUUGGCUCUUGGCAUUAACAAUCUCACAGGCUCAGUGCCUGCAGCGCUUGGCAAUCUCACCAGAUUGCGCUCUUUGAGUUUUGGCUCAAACAACUUGCAAGGAGCAUUGCCUCGGGACUUGGGAAAUCUAACGUUAUUAGAUCAGCUAUAUAUUGACAGCAGUGGAUUGAGUGGACCAAUCCCUCAAGAACUCUCAAAACUCACAUCCCUUCAAACAAUAUGGAUGUCAGAUAAUGGCUUCACAGGAAAACUCCCUGAAUUCUUGUCCACUUUCACUGAACUCAAAGAUCUGAGAGUUGAAGGAACAAAUCUCGAGGGCCCAAUUCCCAACAGUUUCAGUGCUCUAACAAAACUGGAAAACCUGCGAAUUGGUGAUCUUAACGUCGGUGAAAGUGACAGUUCUCUUGAUUUCUUAGAGAAUCUGACUAGUCUCUCCAUAUUAUCAUUAAGAAACUGCCAAAUCCGCGGCUCAAUCCCACAACUGCUGAGCACUUUCCCCAACCUUACAUUCUUGGACUUGAGCUUCAAUAAGCUGACGGGGCAGAUACCGGCUUCAUUCAAGGAUUUUUCUUCACUCAAGUAUCUAUAUCUUGGAAGUAAUAACAUCGACGGGGUUUUGCCUUCUGAUAUAGGUUCAAAACUAAUUGCACUAGACGUAUCUUUCAAUCCUCUUACUGGAAAUAUCCCUCUUGAUUGGAGCCAUGUUUCCAUAAACACAGUCGGCACUUCCAUCAAUGAUGUAAAUCUCAAGAACCAGAAGGCCUCUACCAUGCUGCAGUGCCUUGAUCAAACCACCAACUGCAGAAACAAAGCUCCAUCAACUACAUUUGCUGUCAACAGUGGUGGUCCGGAGCAAGCUGACACAAAUGGUGCCGUAUACGACGAUGACUCAGAGAAGCUAGGAGCAGCCUCAUUGUACACAAGCAGCAGCAACAAAUGGGCAGUGAGCAGCUCCGGAGUCUUCAUAUCCAACAUAAAUGGGCCAAUUUAUAUAGCUCAAACAGACUCCCAAAUCGCAAACACUCUCGACUCUGAGCUCUACAAAACAGCAAGAAUCGCUCCCGCCUCGCUCAGAUACUAUGGCCUCGGCUUAGAAAACGGAGUCUACCGGGUGGAGCUCCAUUUCGCUGAGGUGGUGAUGGAUGACAACUCCGCUUCUUGGGAGGGCCUAGGCCGGCGUCUCUUCGACGUCUACAUUCAGGGCGAGAGAGUGUUGCGAGAUUUCAACAUAGUAAAAGAGGCCGGCGGGUCUAAGAGGGCGUUAAUCAAGACGUUCAAUGCCAACGUGACGAACACGUUGAUGGACAUUCAUCUGAUGUGGGCUGGGAAGGGGACUUGCUGCAUUCCUCGGCAGAGCACGUUUGGCCCUCUGGUUUCGGCAAUUGCUGUUUCUCAAGUGUCGGCGUAUGAGGAUUCGUCGAAGGGCGAGGGGAAGCGGGUGGGGAGGAUUGUAGGGAUUGUGUUUGGGUGUGUAGGAGCUUUGGCGAUAGCAUGUGGUGUUGCAUAUUUGUGGUGGACCAAGAAGGAAUCUGGUGAUCUGAAGAUUUACACACAAGCUCCCAAAGAUUAGUUUGCUUUAUGAUAAAUGAAUUGUGUUUGUUUUAAUGUGUGUGUGUAUGUCUAAUUCAAGUUAUUGUUUGAAUAGAAAUCUAUAUAUGCUUGAUGCCAA